AUGUCCACUUAUACAGAUAAGAUCCUGCCUCCACAAACAGCUUUUGCUUCCACUACUCGGGAGACACAAAUGGCCUUCCCUCCAAUGACAUUGGAGGUUAUAGAGAGCAACAUGAACAUGUCCAAAAGCCCUGCCUUGGACAUGUUCUCCACCAACACCAUCCUGCACACCACCCAAGUGAAGGCUUUCAUUCAGAAGACAUUGUUUGCAGAAAAAAGGGAAGCCUCUGAGACUGUGGAAAGGGAGCGAGCAAAUAGGGUGAUCAAGCCCUUGGAACCCUCCGGUUCGGAGUGCAAGCCACCGUCCGGACGAGACUUCCCAACCCAGAUCCAAACUGUAUCAGCUUCCGGUUGCAGCAGUCCGGACGAGGAGGAGGAGGAGGCCUUUUUCAGCAGCAUGGCCGAGGGGCAGGAGGAUGACUCUUCUUCCCUGGAAGCGCGUGCCCACAGCAGCAGCGAAGACCUGCCCUCCCUGGACGGGACUCUCCACGGUUCGGAGUAUUACAAAGACCUGGGCCUUUCGGGGGUCCCGGAUCCCCAUUCGGAGAAAGUAGCCCACUUCCUGGAUGAGGGCCACGCCUGUUCCUGCCGCUUGGCAGGGGCCAACCAAGGCCGAGAACCCUGUCCAGGUUUGACCCAAGACAGGUUCAGUCUUGACGCUGCCUCCUCCUCCUCCUCGGAUGGCCCCGAUCUGGAAGAGAAGGCCCUUUCAAAGGGUCCGAAGAGUGGACAAGUGGACAGUGGCAGUGCGGGGAAGCGUCUGCGAUCCCGAUCCGUCCCCUCACCCUAUGAUGUGGCCCCUUCCCCAUUACCCACCCCCCACAGAGCGGAGGUCGCCUUGGCCGUCAGUACGGGGACUGGGCCGCCUGUGUUGGAAGUGAUUGGAAGGGACCGUGUGGCCCCGGAGCAAAUGCUGAUGGUUCAGCAGGUGCUGAAGGAGCUGACACAGUUCCACGGGGCAAAGCGAGGUCUGCGAGUGCCAGAGGUUGUAGAAGCAGCACCUCCCCAAAACCUGACCUGGUUCGAGUUUCUCUCCAAUGAAAGGGACCCAUCCGUAGAGAGGGGCCCUCCCACCGUGAAGCGCCGCCUCAGCCACCUGCGCAGCCGCGUCACCGGCUCCUGGCAGAAGGAGAAGGACAAGGUCAAAAGCAAAGAGCGGGAGAAGGAGGCCGUGGGGGAGGCCUCAAACCAGGCCUUGCCGGACGCUGCCAACAGUGAGUAUGAGACCAAAUUGGAUUGCAUGAGUUGCCGCGGGAAGUCGGCAAUUCUCGCGAUAGGCAGGUCAGAAAGGAGACGGUCGCCGUUCCGGAGGAGAAGCCGCGUCGCUCUCGCAGACUGCACAACCAUUGCCCACAGAAGCGGCAAGAGCCUUGCAACUGAAUGCAACAUCACCAGCAGCAGCAGACUCAAGCAAAAGGAUUUGCUGUUCUGCCCUCCUAGUCCUUUGCAAGCCGCCUUUCUUCAUGAGCAUCCGAAUUAUCCACACCCACCGACCAGACAUGAUGGAGGAAGCGGCAUGACCGUCUUCAGCCAGAGGGGAGCCUCGUCGCCGUCUGCGCUGAGUGCCGCCGCCAGUCAGCUUGGACUCGCUGGGGGAGAGAUGGACGAAGGGGAUUCUUCUGGCCUCGCCAAGCUCAAACUGGCCGCUGACGAUGCGGUCUCACUGUCGACCUCGGAAUCGGUCUUUGUGGAAGAUGCCCACUUUGCCUCCUUGCGGAAUGAGCUGGAAGCGGAUGCCCGGGAGUUUGAGGCCCAGUCAUGGAGCCUGGCAGUGGAGCCCUGGUAUGCCAAGGCCCAGGAGCGAGACACCGUCAAGCGGCAGGACGUCAUCUAUGAGCUGAUGCAGACAGAGAUGCACCACGUCCGGACGCUGAAGAUCCUGCUAAAGGUCUACUCGCGGGCCGUGCGGGAGGAGCUGCAGUUGGGCCUGGCUGCCGCUCAGCGCCUCUUCCCCUGCGUGGAGGAGCUGCUGGAGCUGCAUGCGGCCUUCCUCUCGCGCCUCAAGGAGCGCCGGGCACAGGCGCUGGAGGACGGCAGCCAGCGCAACUACGUCAUCCAGCACAUCGGGGACCUCUUGGUACAGCAGUUUUCUGGUGAGACGGGAGAGCGAAUGAAGGAGAAGUACGGCACCUUCUGCAGCGGCCACGGCGAGGCCGUCAGCUACUACAAGGAGCUGAUGCAGCAGAGCAAGAAGUUCCAGAACCUGAUCAAGAGGAUCAGCAACGCAUCCAUCGUGCGGCGGCUGGGCAUCCAGGAGUGCAACCUUCUCGUCACACAGCGCAUCACCAAGUACCCAGUCCUUCUGGAGCGCAUCAUCCACAACACUGAAGGUGUGGUGCCUUCCCUUUGUUUUCCUAUUGUUGUUGUUGUUGUUAUGUUUUUUCAUCACCCAAAAGGUGUGACGCUGGCACUGGCUUUGCGCCCGUACCGGAUGAGCUACCGGCAGAUCAAGUACUUCUCCUUCCCCGGGGAGCUCCUGAUGCGGAUGCUGCAGAUGCUGGUGCUGCCGCUCAUUCCAUACACCCCGGAAACCACACAACACCCCAACCACAAUGGGGUGUGUAAACCUCUUGUUCUUUCCCUCCCUUGUCCCUUUUUGGCAGAUGUUCUGGCCGUCUUACUGACAGACGUGCUUUUGCUCCUGCAAGAGAAGGACCAGAAAUACGUGUUUGCAUCCGUGGACACCAAACCACCGGUGAUUUCACUGCAGAAGCUGAUUGUCCGGGAAGUGGCCAAUGAGGAGCGGGCCAUGUUCCUGAUUAGUGCCUCCUUGAAAGGACCAGAGAUGUACGAGAUACACACCGCCUCCAAGGAGGACAGGAACUUCUGGAUGGCGCAGAUCCGCCGGGCAGUGGAGAGCUGCCCCGACGAAGAGGAAGGAGUCCUCGCCGACCUGGAGGAGGAACGCAAGCAGGCCGAAGCCAGGGCCGCAAAGCUGAAAGACUUCCAAGAGCGCCUGAGCGCAAAAGACGAGCAGAUUGUGCAGAGUCUGAAUGAGAAACAGCAGAUCUACCUGGAGAUGGCUGAGAUGUUUGGCUUCGAGGAGCCAGGCCUUGUUCGCACCCCUCUCCUUGUCCCGAAGGCCGAGUCUCUAGAGGACCUCCAAGGAGAAGCCAUCCUCAAGCAGGCCAUGGAGCAAGUGGAGGGUCUGCAGAGCUGGAUCUUGGCCCAAUUUGGGAGCGGAGCCGAUCCCCGUCCCGAAGAGCCCAGCGGGUCCGGAGCCUUGAGGCGUGCAGAGACCUUUGGGGGCUACGACAGCUCCAUGGCAGGAACCCCGGCCAAAGCUGGCAGCUUUAAGCGGAAGGCUUGCAUUGGCGGUGGGGAUUAUCGGCUGCGGGAUAAUCGCAAGGGGCCCCUCUUGGGCUCUGAUGGGCUUCAGACGGAGGCCCUUCCGGCCGGAGAAGAAGGGGCGUUACUGGGCGAUGCUUUAAGGCCGGAGCCCAGCCGUUUGUAUCUGCGCUUGGAGACUGAGAUGGAGCUCCUCCAGAAGGUCCAGACGCUGGCCCAGCUCCUGCUCAGCCUCCAGGGCGUGCUGUCGCAGCAGGAGAGCUGCUUAAUGCUGCAGCGUGGGGUGCUGCUGGACCGGGAGAAGCAGCUAAGCCUGCAGUCGACCCGUGGAAGCCUCUUGCUGGAGCAGGAGCGGCGGCGCAACUUCGAAAAGCAGCGGGAGGAGCUGGCCGGGGUGCAGAAGCUGCAGGCGCAGCUGAAAGCUGAGCAGCAGCGUUGGGAGCGGGAACGGGAGCGGAAGCAGCGCCAGGACGAGGCAGAUGAGGCCCGGCUGCGGCUGCGGGAGGAGGAGGCUCGCCGGGUGGCACAGCGCCUACAGGACGAGCAGCGGGAGCUGCAGCACCAGCGCGAGGCCUACCAGCGUGACCUGGAGCGCCUGCGCGAGGCACAGCGGGCUGUGGAGAAGGAGCAGGAACGUCUGCAGCACCUCCGCCGGGCUAAGAAGCCACCACACGUCGGCACCAAUGCCAGCUCCCCCCUCGAGAGUGGGCAGGACUUGAGCCAUUCGUUCAGCUUCAACGGCGAGGGUCCAGAAGGGAGGCCGGGGGGUAGGACAAGCCUCUUGGGGCCAGAGCCACCGGAGCGGUGCGAACCCGGCCGCCGGGAGAGCCUUGGGGCAGAUGCAGGGGGGGUGACGGUGCGCCCCUUGCCACUGCUGCCAGGGGCCCUGAAGAACGAGGUGCCGCUCCACCUGCUCAGUGCCACCAACCAGAUCCAGAAGCAGGCCGCCGUCCAGCAGCAGAUCCCCACCAAGCUGGCCACCUUCACCAAGAGCAGCAGCAGCAAAGGGCCCCGGGGUCCUUCCCACCGCACAGACAGCAGUGCCUCGGUUGACAUGCGGCAUCUCCUCUCUGCACGACCGGCUGGACGGGAAGAGUCCCUCUCACGGAGCCGCCUCUCGGCCGCCAGCCCAGUUUUCCCUGCGGACCCGCCAGGCGCCUCCGAGAGUGGCCAUCUUGCGACACCUCCUCCCAUGGCCCUCCUCUUCAAGCCCCAAGGUGCCCACACCCUCCCGCCCGCACCGGACGAUCCCGGCAAAGAGGAUGUCAUUUUUUUCUGACUUGGAAAAAAGUUUGGAAGGCAUUCCUAUUGCAUCGGACGUUUUCACACCCGAGGAUAUGAGGUUCUUUUGUCUGGGCAAAACAAGAGGCAGCCGGGCAGACAGAGGGGUUUCUGUGGGACGUCCUAUACACAGCCAUGCCUCUGGAAGAGAUUUCAGUUUUCAAUCCUCCUGUCCCCCUUUCUAUUGUAUCAGAUGUUCGUGCCUUGUUCGCGAUACAAGGUUCUUUUGCCUGUGCGAAAUGAGAGGCAGACAGUGGAGACGCCACAGGACGUCUUAUUCGCAGCCAUGCCUUUGAGAGAGAUUCCAGUUUUCAAUCCACUUCUUCCCCUUCCUAUUGCAUCAGAUGUUCGUGCCUGAAGAUAUGAGGUUCUUUUGUCUGUGCAAAACUAGAAGUGGCCGAGCGAAGAGGCUCCGCAGAUAUACUAUUCCCAGCCAUGCCUUCAGAAGAGAUUCCGGUUUUCGAUCCUCUCCUUCCCCUUCCUAUUGCAUCAGAUGUUUGUGCCCAAGGAUCUGAUAUUCUUUUCUCCUUGCAAAUCGAGAGGUGGCUGGACAGACGGAGGAGGCUCUGUGGGAUGUCCUAUUCCCAGCCAUGCCUUCGGGAGAGAUUCCGAUUUUCAAUCCUCUCCUUCCCUUUCCUAUUGGAUCAGAUGUUCAUGCCGAAGGAUCCGAGAUUCUUUUCUCUUUGCGAAAUGAGAGGUGGCCGUGCAGACGGAGGAGGCUCCGUGGGAUGCCUGUUUUCACAGCCAUGUCUUUGGGAGAGAUUUUAGCACCCUGACAAGGCCAGAUACGUUCUCUGUAGCAACUCCUUUUCAUUUCCGCCAAAGGAAAAAACUCACCUUCCAGGUCUCAAACAUGUUGACGCGGAGCGAUACGGCUUUGGAAAAUGGGAGGGGACGAUGGGGCUAAAAUGGGCCACAAAGGGAACAGAGGAGUCUAGCUUGGCUUCUUCUCUUCUGAGACAUCUCUCUCUUUCUUUGUUCUGUGUUCUUCCAACAUUGCUGAGCUUGUUGCCGGUAUUUUGGGAUACGGAAAAAAAUGGUUUCCCCCUUUCUUCGACCUCCACGUCGUUGCCUUUCAGAAGGGAUCAUUCACAAGGGACGUUCCCUAGUUUCCGGGGCUGAAGGUAGACUCCCAUCUUUCGUUCUGUCGUUGCCUCCAACUUGAGAUAAAAUUCCACCGUGCACUUGGGAACCCGCAAAAGGUGCAACGUGGGCUUCGUAAAGACUUCUCCUUUUUGGGGAUCCAGUGCUAUCUUGCUUUGCAAAGAACUGUAGGGAGAGGAAGGAAUUUCCUCAUCAAGGACAUUUUGGGGGUCCCGAUACGGUCGGGAAUGUGGACGCUCGUUGUCAUUUAGGGACAAAGCUUUUAGGAGGGAAAGAAGCAUUUUGGUGGGAAAUCUCUCCCAGGAAGAAGAAGAAACAGCCUGUGUCUUAAUAACAAAAACAGUAACAGUAAACCUAAUCAUAGUUCCCUUUUUCCUCCUGCCAUUUUCCGGCUGCAUCCGGAUCACUUUGUGCCAUAUUCUCAGUGUCUUUAUGUAUGUGUGUGUGUAUAUAUCUAUAUAUAUGUAUAUUUUGGUACGGAAAAGAAAUCAGAGCACUUUAGAACAAUGACGGUCUGCCAUCAAAGUUCCCCAUUCGCCAAGACUUGAUUCACGAGCAUCCACUGCCUAUGACAACUUUGGUGGUGGUUGCAUUGUUAUUAUUUCCAAGAUGGACACCCCUCCCCUCAAUUUACCAUGUAAACACCUCUAACCAAUGGGGGUGUGCCUUAGGAUCUUCUCUAAAUAAAGCUUUUUUUCCUUUUC